AUGUUGUUCUGGAUUGGUGCUGGUCGCUUUAUCUAUACUCUUAUGUAUCUAUCUAUGGGCCGGCAUAUUGACUGGCUGGGGCUGCUUCAAUGUAAAUACAGCAGCAUUGCAUUACAUCCACUUUUCAUUCUUAAUGUUGUUGCUGUGCUUGAUCUUGGUAGCGUAGCGUCAACGGAUGUCGAGUUGCAGUGGUUACAGAAGGACAUUGAUGCUGUCGCUGACGAAGUGCAGAUUUUGAAGGUUACGCACUUUGGUGUUAUUUGUUGCGCAACGUCUCAGCCUUGCUUAAACGAUGCGAUGCUAGUAGCAGUUGGUAACGAUGGCGACUAA